AAUUUGUCGAACUCGAGCUGACGACCGAAAGUCGUAAAAGCAUACGCAAUGCCUCGACAACGAUCCAAGAAGCUCACCGCGAGUCGGCAGACUGAAGACGGCUCUGCACCAGAGCGAGAAGAACGAAGUGACACCGACAAUGACAGUACGGGACUGUUGGAAAAAGAUGAGGAGGAGGAGGAGUUGGCAAGGCUUGUGCUCGGAGAUGGUCUAGGUUUCAAGGCGCAAUUAGGCCAGCAGAUGGACCUUGAUAUAGAUGGUGGCUCUGAAGAGGAAGAGAGCAUGGUUGAGGAGGAUUCGGAAGGAGAGGCUCGUCUCGAGAAUAUCGACGAUGCAGAGCUCUUUUUCCUUGAUUCAGGGCCAUCCGCUAUUGAUUCAAACGCACUAUUGCCGCGCGCUUCAUCGGAUGACGAAGCAGCAGAUGUACCAGCUUGGGAGGACAGCGAUGACGAUCGGCUUGCAAUAUCACUGGCAGGGAAUUCGCGGUUGAGAAAACUACGGGUAAACGAAGACGAAGAUAUUGUCAAUGGAAGGGAGUACACGAAGCGAUUACGAAGACAAUUCGAGCGCCUCAAUCCGGCUCCAGAAUGGGCACAACCGUCCUCUCGGUCAGCGAAGCGACGUCGACGAUCUUCAGCAGGCUCUGCGUCCUCUUUAUCGUCGAAUGAUAUGGAUGUUGAUGAAUCGGAUCUUUCAACUUUACCUUUGGCCCGUCUUCUUCAAGAUGCUGGAGCUCUAUCAAGGACACCAACAAGCACGAAGCAUCCAAAACUUCGUCCAGAGGUUCUCGACAUUCAGCAGACCCGAUCAAUUCCAACUGUUCAGCCAUCCUCCAUAACAUCUUUGUCCUUCCAUCCCGAAUACCCCGUUUUGCUUUCAUCUGGCCCAGCGUCUACACUUUACCUCCAUCAUAUCGCACCGGCAGCUCAUCCAACACCCAACCCUCUUCUAACUUCGGUUCAUAUUCGAAACACACCUCUACACACGUCCGCAUUUCAAUCUCCCCAGGGAGACAGGAUAUUCUUCUCCGGCCGUCGACGAUAUUUUCACACCUGGGAUCUACCUUCUGGUUUGAUACAAAAAGUCACACGUGUAUAUGGACAGAACGAGGAGCAAAGAAGUAUGGAAAGAUUCAAUCUCAGUCCUUGUGGUCGCUAUAUGGCUGUCGUUGGAUCAUCGAAGAAAGGUGGCGGAAUUGUGAAUAUCUUGGAUGCAAAUACGACACAAUGGAUAGCGGCACUUCGAAUUGAAGGUGUCAACGGGGUAGCUGAUUUCGCCUGGUGGAGCAACGGGGAGGGUAUUACCGUUGUUGGCAAAGGAGGCGAAGUAGGCGAGUGGAGUCUUGAGUCUCGCUCAUACGUCGCACGCUGGACCGAUGACGGGUAUUCUCCGACGGUAUUGACCCUAGGAGGUCCGAAUGGUCCAAAAUCUCUUGGUGGUGAUCGAUGGGUAGUCAUUGGAUCUCAGAGUGGGAUUAUUAACAUUUACGACCGACGAAAUUUCGUUUCCGGCAACGAAAUCUCAAUUCCUGAAAGACCACAGCCGAAGCGAGCUUUUGAUCAGUUUACGAAGCCUACGAGUAACUUGGAGAUCAGUUCAGAUGGACAGCUUCUGGCUUUCAGCAGCAAGUGGAAGAAAGAUGCUCUCCGAUUAGUCCAUUUACCAAGUUGUACCGUGUAUAGGAAUUGGCCGACCGAUAAAACGCCACUGGGAAAGAUUACCGCCAUCGCUUUUGGGAGGCAGGAUAACAUGUUAGCUGUCGCGAAUGAGGCGGGUAAGAUUAGGCUUUGGGAAAUCCGAAGCUGAAUGUUUUAUUCCAAUGCAUAUGCUACGAUCCAUCCCUCAUAUCUUCGAUAUUCCCUCAACUGAAAUUCCUUUUGACCUCGUUUCUUAAUCAGGUCAAGUGCUCUCUUGCCUUUAGCUCUUGCAUUAUCUUUGCUUUCAGGAGUUAUUUUUGCGUCCUAUUUUGAACUUCGCAAAAGACGUUGGAUUUUCGCAAGUUGAAGACUCGAAUUCAAGUAAUGAUCGUGACCGAGCGGCGAGCACUUGAGGAUGCACUGUUUCUGAAGUGCAGGGAUGGAUCCUUGCCUGGAUUGGUAGCUUUUGCGACUCUAGACCCUUGAGUCUGUCCUCAUCCAAACCCUCUCACAGUCU